UGUUUGCAGAAGAAUUUUUUUGUCGUCUGCAAAAGAAUCCAAAUGACAGCUGCAAAGCUGUAAAAGAGACAAAAAAUAACUUCUGUCUGUAUUUUUAUGUAAAAAUAAAAGGAAAAAAAUAUAAUUUGUCAUAGAAAAUAAAGAAAGAAAUAAAUAGAACUCAAUACAAAAACGACAAAAUACGUUUUAGUUCAAUAACCAAAGAAGAAUUUCUUAAUUGAAUAAAAGUUACUAAACGAAGCAAAAAGCAUAAGAGCUAAUAGAAAAUGGUUACUCCGCAAUCGCCCACCCGCAUGUUUAAUGGUCUGGAUGAAGAUAUUUACAAUGAAGCCAAAUUCGCCCAUGAAAUAAAUGACAAAAUGCGUGUUCCCAAGCGUAUUAAGGCUACGGGUGAAUUCUCCGACGAAGACCUUUUGUUGUCCAAUCAAAAUGGCAUGAUUAACUCCUGGAAUUAUCACGAUAAAAUUGAUAUGAAUGUACCAGAUCGCAUAGUGGUUUUGGGCCAUAAUCAACAUCUCGAAACACGUUCGGCUCCGCGUGAAAUACAAUUGGAAAAUUCCAUUUUACCCAAAAAUCCUUCGGGUUUCGUAAGAGUACAGACACCUCCACGUACUAUAACUCUGAAUGAUCAUCACUUUCCCUCGGCCUCCGAAGAGAGUUCACCGAAUAAAUUGCAGAAUGGCGAUGAUCUGGACGAUGAUGAUUUCGAUGAUGACGACGUUGAACGUCCACCUCCAUACGUGAGGGCAAAUGGCAUUUCAAAUGCUGUGGUGGGCUUUCAUACGAAUGAUGCUAAUUCAGUAGAAUCCGAUUCACAGUUGACAACAGGUGGUGCCAGCAAACGUUCGCAAACCUUGAUCUACAAUCCAAAUGAUACUUCCAUGAUAAGUCAUCGUGAGGGUACACCAAUGGGAGAUUUAACACCACAUGAGGAAAUCUUAUAUUUAAGACGUCAGUUGGCCAAAUUAAAUCGCCGAGUAUUGAAUAUAGAAAUUGGCAAUGAACAGCGUUUACAACGUGAGAAAAUAGUCUACUGUUUAGGUUUGGCAUAUUUUGUUUUAAAAGCAAUUGUCUGGCUAAAUCGUAAUUAAAGCGCAACGAUAUAAAAACAACAAGAAGAAUGAAUACCUAGUAAUAGAUUGAAGCGAGUUGAAAUGAUUACAAAUAGUAGAGGAGUAUACAUGUACUGCAGUUAAUAAAUCGGAUAAUAUGUAUAAAGAAAAAGGUGCUAGUUAUGACAGAAAGCUAAUUAAAUAAGAAGCAUUUUUUUUACCAAUGGUCAGUUUUUUAGAAGGUGCCUGGUCUACUAUAGAAAAGAUUAUACAUAGAUACGAAUACUACACAUUAUACUCAAAACCAAAUAACAGCAAGUUAAGGGGGAUAAUAUGCUCGCAGGAAAACAUCUUUAUAAUAAUGCCCAACCUAAUAUAGUUUUCUAUUUUUUGCAUUUUUUUCUCUUUAGUUUUGUUUAACAUAUUUCUUAAGUUAAAUUAUAUUGAUUAACAAUUUUAUAAACGCUAUUUAAAAGCAAACCUUGAAGGGUAGACAACAUAGAGAACAGUGUUGCUGAUCUUUUAAGAUUGUUUCUUGUAAUGUUUUUUCUAGUUAGUUUUGCAUGUAUCUCAUUGAAAACGCAAGUUUUCCUUUAACCUUGUUUUCCCUUAAGCGAAUUUGAACUAAAAUGUAGUAUAUUCAAGCUAAUAAAUUAUAUUUUCUAUGAUUUAUAAAUAUUUACAAUUAAAGAGCUCUAUAUAAAAAUACGAAAACCACUUAUACACCACCCUAAUAUUACUCUUUACCUAAAUAAAACAAACAAAAGAAAACAAAACUCCUUUAAUUUUACAUAUAAAAUACAAUGAAGUUUAUUAUAUUUAAAAACAAAAUAAAAAUUUGUAAAUUACUUUAAAUUAAUUUUAUGUUUAAAUAUUAUUAUAACAAAAAAUAGAACAAAGAUUACUUAAAACUUAUUCAUAUAAUGUGUUUUUUUUACAUAAAAUAAUUUUUUUUUCUUUUUUCCAAAAAAAAAGCACAAUACUACAAAUAAUUUCGUUAAAAAUUUUUUUAAUUAAAACAAUUGUUAAAACCACUCAGUGUGUUUGUUUUAGUUUAUAAGCUUUUAUGACUAUGUACUAUGUAAUUGUGUGACAUUGUUUUGUGAAUAUUUUCCAAUGAAUCCGAGUCUCUAAUAAAAAAAAUACACUAAUUAUAAUAAUUAUAAACAAAUACAAAACACGUUUUCAGUAUAACUCACCAAUAAUAAGAUAAAGUUAGAAAUCUGAAUAAAAAAACAUUUAAAACAAUGACAAA